GUUAAAAGAAUAGAUUUGAGAAAAAAUAGAUUUUCUGGAAAGGUAGAUGAAUCUUGGUGCAAUGUUUUUUUUCUACUGAAUAAUAAUAAUCUAUCAGGUCCGUUGCCAGAUUGUAUCAAAUGUUAUUUAGACGACUUUGAAUUAUCUAACAGAUUAUCAGGAAACAAUCUCGAUUUAACUCAAUCCUGCUCACCAGAUAAAAUUAUACCAAAUAUUUUUUAUGAUUCAAAUGAUGGUUAUGUAUAUCUAUUUGGUUUAAAUCUGGGAUUUUCAAAUGAAACCAUCAAAACACAACCUUCAAUCAAUUUUGAAGCGGCAAUAAUCCCGAGUAGUUUAUAUAGAGGAAAAUUUAAUCCCACAACCAACCCUGAUGACCAUGAUGCAAUCCUUGUUGAAUUUUUAACACCAGGUUACAGCUAUACAAUAUCAUUACAUGACAAAAUUGAUCCUAAUGUUAAAUCAUUGGCUCAAUACAAUAACCUAAUAUCAAUAGAUGGGGACUUUUUUUCAUACAAUAAAACCGAUAUCAAGGUUACAAUUGGUAAUAGUCUAAACUGUAAUAUCAUAGGAUGCACCUUUUAUCAAAUUAACUGCACCAUUUUUCAAGUUGAUCAAAGUGAAGAAAAGAACAUAACAAUUUUAGUUAAAAAUAGAUCAACAAUUAUUACAAGUAUGAUUAACAAAGUAAUUAACCAAUGUCCCUCAGAAGACUGUAACGGAAAUGGUCAAUGUAAUACAGAGUCUGAAACCAUUGUUUCCAUUCAAAUUAAAAACCUCUCUUCCAAAUUUCAAACAUAUAUUUCACAAAUAUCAUAUGAAUGUAUUAAACCUGACUGUGAUGGAAAUGGGGAAUGUAACCAUUAUAAUGGCCAAUGCGAGUGCUAUAAAGGAUGGAUAACAAAACCCAACCAAACAUGUGACACUCCAGAUCAUUAUUUAUAUUCAAAUAGUCAAGUGGAAUCUACAACUGGUGGAAUAAUAAAACUAUAUGGUUGGUACGGAUACCCAAACAAUCAACUCAGUGUUAUUAUCGGGAAUCAAAACUGCCAGAUUGGAUUUCAAAAUGCAUCUUUAAUUGAAUGUAAACUUAAUGGAGGAAGUGGUCUAAAGUCAAUUAAAAUUACCCAAAAUGGUAUUGAAUGGAGUGGAUCAAUAUAUCCAUACUAUGACCCAUCCUUCCUUUGUCCCAGUAAUUGUGGUGCCCCAUCCAAAGGUAAAUGUAAUACCAAAACAGGCGAAUGUGUAUGUGAAACAAACUAUUUCGGUUUCGAUUGUCAAAGUACAAACUCCUCAUCAAAUACAAACACUACAAUUUCUGAUCAGGGGUCGGUGGUUAUUAGUGAUGAAUAUAUUGAAUUUUUAUUAUCUAUAGAUUCAAUUAUAGAAUAUGAUAUCAAUUCGAAAAUCGUAUCAAUCGGAAACUUAACAAACCAAUGGAAGAAACUUAACAAUUCAGACGACCCCAAUAUUUCUAUUUUUCUUCAAGAAAAAUACAAUGCAACCAUUUUAUUAACCGUUGAAGAGGUUAAACAAACAAAAAACUUUUCGUUUGCAGAUAAUAACUUUACAAUAUAUUCAGGAGGUAUUAAGAUUUCAAUUAAUAUCUCAAAUUGGCAAUAUUCCAGUAGUUUAAAUUAUCUACAACUUGUACUUAAAUCCGCCAUAGAUGAUAAAGAAUUAAAAAUUGGAAACACAGAUUGUGUGGAACAGACAGUUAUUGAAUCAGAGUCGAAUACUGAAUCUUUAUCUGACAGUGUUAAUUAUUUAAAGAUAUCGAAAUAUGGCAAAUCCUUAUAUGGUAGAUUCCAAAACAAAAUGUUAUCAAAUUUGAGAUCAACAUUAAUUACAACUAAAAUCAAAUCAAAAGACAAUGGUAUUGUUAUUUUAACAAUUGAUUUACCUCAUUGUAAUGAAUGUAUAUUAGAUCCCGGUAAAUAUUAUAUUAUAUUUCAAAGCUAA